AUGUCCUACCGACGCCCCCAUGAGAGCAAGCAGGAACAGAAGCGCAUUCUGGGGUACAACAUGGCAAGACGAGUGGGGGGCGACGCCUCUCCAAACAAGAACGCAUCAUUCAACCUUGUGCCCGGCUUUUACCACUACCUGCGUGAUGAGCAAGAGGCUGUGCAGAAACGGACGUUCACCAAAUGGAUCAAUUCCCACUUGGCAAAGAGUGUCCCACCUCUGGUCGUGAGUGAUCUGUUUGAGGAUAUCAAGGAUGGUGUCAAGCUGCUUGCCCUGCUAGAAGUCCUCUCUGGACAAAAACUGCAACGUGAGCAGGGCAAGAAGCUAAAGAGGAUCCACUGGCUUGCAAACAUUGGUACUGCUCUCAACUUCCUUGAGGGAAGGAAGUCUGCCUACAGGGGAUCACCGAUCAAGCUAGUGAACAUCAACUCCACAGAUAUUGUUGAUGGUCGACCGUCAAUUGUUUUGGGCCUGGUGUGGACAAUCAUCCUAUAUUUCCAGAUCGAAGAGCUAACCAGCAGUCUACAAGCAACCCACGCCUCACCCCGCAGCUCCUCGUCACUGGACAGCUCUGCCAGCAGCAAUGAGACCACCAGCCCGCCCCUUAAGAAGAAGCCUCUGCUGCCCCUGCAGGGGGGUGCCAGGAAGGCCCUGCUCAGAUGGGUCCAGCAGACAGCAACAAAACAUCUGGAAAUCAAGGUGAUAGACUUUGGCCCUAGCUGGCGUACAGGUUUAGCCUUCUUUGCCAUCCUCAAUGCCCUCCGGCCCAAUCUGGUGGACAUGGAGCAAGUAAAGACGAGACCCAACCGAGAAAAUCUGCAGGAAGCUUUUUUGUUAGCUGAGACACAGUUAGGCAUAGCGCAGCUCCUCGAUCCUGAGGACGUAGACGUGGACAAGCCGGACGAGAAAUCCAUCAUGACAUACGUGGCCCAGUUCCUGAAGCAUCAUCCUGAGCGAGAGCAGAGCGCCUCUGAUGGACAAGCAGCAGCAGCUAAAGAACGAGAAGAAGAGGAGGAGGCGUCUGUCACACAGCAUGGUCUCGCUCCUCGCGAUAUAGAGGAAAUGUUGGAGCGAGAGCAGAGAAAGAGCCUGAGGGAGUUCAAAAUGUGGCUGGACCAGCUGGAGACUGACGCACUACACGCCCAGGAGACCAAUAGCGAUAUCUCUCAGCAGUACCAGUUGUUCAAGAGUCUGCGUGUCCAGCUGGAAAUGAAGAGAAAUCAGAUGGAAGAUUCCUUAAAGUCCACACAGAAGGACGGGAUGCUGACAGUGGAUCAGGCUCUGGUUAAGCAGGCUUGGGAAAGGCUCUCAAACAAGCUGCUGGAUUGGCACCUGCUGCUGGACACAUCCCUGCCUGCUCCUCUGGAUGCGCUGGGGGCCUGGCUGCACCACACUGAGAGAACUCUGCAACAAGAGUUCAUCACCCAAAAAUCAAAUGAUGAGGAAGACAUCCACAGAGCUUUGGAACAACACAAGGACGUCUUGAAGAGCCUUGAAGAUCAUCAGCUGGUCUUUCAGAGGAUCCAUAAGGACAGAAGUAUUGACGGUGUCCCGAUUUCCCCGGAACAGCUCCGAGACAUGGCUGAGAGGCUCAAUUUUAUGGCCACAUCUUGUUGCGUCCAUUUGGCCAAGAUGGAAUUCUUGGAAAGCAAACACCGCAUGCAGGCUUUUCUCACCGAGGCAGAGUCUAAGCUCAAGUCCUGGAUCAUCAAAUAUGGCACACAAGAAUCUGUGGAACUGAUGCUACGUGAUUACAUUGUUUUUGUGGAGAAGCAAUAUUUCUUUGAAAAUUACAAGACUUUGUUCGAGUCCCUGAAAUGUGCUGCUGAGGUUUACACUAGCGCUGACAGUUCAGCCAACAUGGGAGAGAUGGGGGUGUCUCAGUUCGUGCGAGAUGUGGCAGCCCUGUGGAGGAGCCUAUCCAUGGAAGUGCGCAGUGUGAGGAGCAUGCUGGAGGAGGUGCUUUCCAACUGGGACAGGUACACCUCCACGGUAGCCUCUUUCCAAGCCUGGCUGGAGGAUGCAGAGGAAGCCGUGACCCAGCCAGAAAACAUAAAGCAGGAGUUUUUCAAUAAUCUGAGCUACUGGAUGGACCAACACGCCGCCAUCAACGAUGCUGGGAAUUUUCUCAUUGAAACAUGCGACGAGACCAUGUCAUUUGAUCUAAAGCAGCAGCUGCUUCUCUUGAAUGGGCGAUGGAGAGAACUCUUCUUUAAGGUCAAACAGCUCUCCCGAGCUGAUGAGUUGGUAAAGUGGAGAAAAGACCAUCUAGGGGCAAUGUCGUCUUUAAAAGAGCUUUUGGAUGCAGCAGAGGCAAAGCUCAGUGCUCCUGUCCAUGUGUCUUUCCUCAGUGUUCGAGCCUUUCUGCAGGAUGUGGAGAAUACCAAGCAAAAGGUUGUUGCCAUGGAGACUCAAUACAAGCUGGCCGGCCGCAGCGCUCAGCUGCUUGCAAAGGAUGCGCCACACGACGAGGCCACCCGGGUCAUUGCAGCCAUGACAACAGCUAAGAGUCAGCUGAGUCGAGUUAGAGAGCGAUGUCCCAUCUUUUUGAGGGAAUGUCAUGCUCUUCUGCCAUUGUUGGAGGAGAUGGACAAACACAUCACUGCCUUUUAUCAAGCACUGGAGCAGGCCAGUCAGAUUACUGCCACAGCCAGAGAUGCAGACACACAGAGCCCAACCAUGCACAGACACAAGUGGCAGGAUUUGUUACAGCAGCAGCAGAGCUGUAAGCGAUGUCUGUCGGUGAUCGAGAGGAACCACCACACGGUGCAGAGGGCGCUCUCCAACAGCAAGGUGCUUCGGCACUUCGACACAUGCCUGCUGCAGAAGAUAGUUGCUGAUGUACAAGGCUCAGCCCAGGCUCUGCUGAAAGAGGUCGGUGAAUGGAGAAGGCAGCAAGAGGCCAACAGCUCCCUGGGGAGGAGGUUUGAGGAAUCCCGACAAGAUCUGGAGAGAGUGCUACAGACAGCCCAGGAGUGUUUGGGAGAGAGCGGAGACGCCGAGGAACUACUGAAGACGCACACAGAUUUUUUCAGCCAACUGGAUCAGCGUGUGCUGAGCGUCUUCUUGAAGGCAUGUGACGAGUUGACCGACAUCUUACCAGAAGAAGAGCAACAGGGGCUACAAGAGACAGUCCGCAGGCUGCACAAGUACUGGAAGGACAUUCAGGGUGAGGUACCAUCCCACCUGCUCCGUCUGAAAGUAGAGCUGGAGCAGAGUCGAGUAGAGGCCGUCCUGCAAGACUGCAGAGCAGAGCUUCACCGAGAAAUCCAAGCCCUUUCGUACACCUCAACCAGUGAGCAUGUGGUCAAAGAGCAUAGAGCGUUCUUCAGGGAACGCACACCUCUGACUUUGUGCGAGAAGAGGAUUAGGAACAUGGAGUAUCUGUGUCAUAAAUUGCCUGACAACGAUGUGGCUUACAGAAGGCUAGAUUCUACCAAGAAGGCUGUAGAGGAGGUUACAGAGCAGGUCAGGAGCACCAGCCUGCAGCUGGAACAGCAUCCUGAUAAGUGGAAAGAAUGGAAUGAUAGGUUUUGUGAGCUCUCAGACUGGCUCUCUUCUCAGAGGAGGCUCUUUAAUGAGACUGCAAGAACUUCCACAAGUCAGGAGCAAGUUGAAGCUGCCAUGCAGGCAGUGCAAGCUUCAGAACAUGCCCGAGAAGAGAACCUAUUGUGGCUUAAGAGCCGUCUUUGUAGCUUAACUGACGUGAGUUCUGAACUGGAGAUACAGAGACAGCAAACAGCCCUGACCAAACUUUCAGCUGAUUUUAGGGACCUUUUUUCAUCACUGUGUCAGGGUGGUGGAGAGGGCUCAAGUGCGUUCCAGUUUGAGGAGCUUAGGGAGGAUGUGCGUGGCGCUUUGAAGGAGGUCCUGAAAGCCGGAAAAGAAGCCGGAGAACAGAUCAGCAGGAUUCUGGAUGCUGAGGACUUGAAGGAAGCCCAGGACCUAUUCCUUAUUCACCAGCAACGCCUAAAACAACUACAAGCUCUCAGGAGGGAGGCGGAGCUUCUUGUGUCCCAUUCACACCAGCUGCAGACCGGAGAGGCUUUGAGUCACUCUGUGCAGGAGUUAGAAGAACGUGUCAAAGAAGUUGACUGCCAGUUCAGCACAAAGGAGCACAACCUGCAGGCCACUAUGGACUCCUGGCAGAGCUUUGAAACCGAGCGAGAAACAGUUUGGAGUUUUAUAAGGGAGACAAACACUGAGCUGCGCAAAGAGCUUAUAUUCAACAGCCUGGACAGCCUGAGAAGAGAAAAGGAGCUCAACAAGGACCUUUUACUGAAGGUGGAGGACUGCAGCGUGCGAGCAGACGUCCUCCUGGAGGAUGCAGUAGACCUUCAGCUUGGUCCGAAGAAUCAAAGUCUGGUACUGCAGCAGGCCCAGUUUGCCAGAGAAGCCGUCAAGGAUCUUCAAGACCACCUCAGCAAAAAUGUUGUACAUCUGGAAAGGAUCUGCUCAUUGUGGGAACACUUCAAUGUUGACCUAAAGAUGUUCUCCUCACGGAUCAAUGAAAAUCAGAGGGCGCUGGAGGCCAUCAAGAUCACCUCACCCUCAGAUCAUUUGGAACAACACAUCUGCACAGUAGAAACAGUGGCAGAAGAUCUAGAGGAGAGGAAGGCUGUCCUGGUCCACAUGGAGGAGGACUGCAAAGCCCUGUCCAGGUUUGUGACCCCUGGAGAGGGCGAGAGUAUCCGUGCAGGCCUCACCCAGAUGAGGCACUCCUUGGAGGAGCUGAUGGGAAACACAGAGCAUUUGGCAGGCCAGCUUAAUCAGAGCUCCUCCCACAGGCAGAGAUGCAACGAUAACCUCGAGCAGGUCAAGAAAACAAUGAGGUAUCUUAAAGAGAAACUUGACUGUCCAGCUUCAUUUUGCUCUUCAUCGUCUGAGGCGCAUAAGAUCUUGCAGAGUCAUAUGGAGGUGCCCCAGGCUGUGGAGCAGCUAAAGCCCAGACUGAUGGUUUUGCGCUCGGCUGUGAGGCGGCUUGGUGAGGGUACCACACUGGAGCAAGAGGUCGUUGACCUUCAGACGCUGCAAGGAGAGUUAAUAGAAAAGGCCACAGAGAAACAAUCUACAUUAGAGAGCCUUAUUGCACUGUGGCAAAGAUUUGAAAAGGAGAAUUCCUUCAUGAAAAGCUGGCUAGACCACAGCGAGCCUCUUUGCUCUCCCGCCAAUGAAUUGCCUUCUGCAGACAAGCUGAAGAUAAGUAUGGAGCUCCAGCAUGUGCAGAAAAUGCAGAAUGAGACCCUCUCUAAUGACGCUCUCCUUCAGGGUAUGGUCAACCUUGCAUUUUGUCUCUAUCCUUCUGCCCCUGAAGCUGGAGUGCAAGAGCUCGGUGAUCUCACACAGCUGCAGCAGCGAUACACUUCACUAAAGGACAACAUAACACACAGGUGCAAGCUGCUGAAGUCUCAGUUGUCCCAGCUUGAACUUUUUGAUGAGGCACUUCUGACAUUGAGCCAAAAAAGUGCAAACUUUCUGUCGGACUUGAGAAUCUCUUUUCAAGUGGAUGUUACCGAUCUCAAUUGGGCGUUCACAAAACUCACGGAGCAUGAGUCUGAGUUCGAGGCUCUUGCGUCACUUAGAGAGGCACUCCAGGAAAGAGAAUCCUCCCUGCUUCAGUGCUCCACUCCAGAGGCCCAGCAGCAGCUCCAGGCUCGGCAAGAGGAUUGCCUCCAACUUCUCAGUGAAUCUGAAUGUCUUCUUCUCCUCCGCAAAAAGGGCCUGAAUGAAUUACAGUGCUUCCUACAGAAGCACAAAGCGGCAGGUCAGGCUGUUGGCCGGCUUCAUGAGGGCCUGCAGAGAAGGGGAAGCUGGCAUUCACCCAAAACUAAAGAGCUCAAUCACCUUAUAGUGGAAGUUGCAAAAGAUUUGGCCCAGUUUGAGGGUGAGGCAGUGGGGUUAGAUGGGCUGCUGAACAAGGCCCACCUUUACUUGUGUGCCUCAGAGGGGCAUGACUCCAAGGGAAGAACCUCUUGCAGGGAGCUGGCAAUGGCUCUCAUCACAUCCCUAGAGGAAGUGCAGAGGGGUUUAGGAUGGAGGCAGGGCGAAGCAGAUGCUGUCAGAGAAAUGUGGAGCUCCUUCAGGGAGAAGAAGGUGGAGGUGAUGAAGAAUUUGGAGAAACUAGCAGAUGAAACUGGGCAAGAGGUGAUCAGUGAGAUCUCACUGCAAGCCUUUCAAAACAGGCUGCGCUCCUUGGCCCAGCUGGAGAAUGAGCUCAAGUCCUUACAACAGUCCCAACAGUGGUUAGAAGAGAAGGGAAGCCAGUUGGCCCAGAGAGACACUGAUCUGGCAGGGGAGGCUCUGGGUGAGGUUAAACUCGUGAAGGCGGCCUGGGACAGCGUCAGGAUUGUCAUUACCAGCCGUCAAAAACAAAGUACAGCAAUACUAGAUCUUCUUCGCCAUCAUCAUAAGCUGAGGUCCAUGCUCUGCACCACUGUAGAGAAGACCCAGGCACUAUCUCACAACCUGCCAAACCACAACCACAGCGCUCAGGAGGCCAGGACGUCCUUCACACGGCAUGAGAAGCUGCAAGAUGAGCUGAGAGAAAAACAGACGGACAUGGAUCAGCUCAUCAGCACAGUGGAGGAUCUGCAGAGAGAAGUGGACCGCAUUCCCAACUGUGGCAUGCGCAUCAUUCAGAGGGAGAUGGAGACAUUAAGGGCACAGUGGUUGGAGGCAACGGAGAGAAUUCAAACUAAUAUGGAAAGAUUGGGCUACUGUAUGACAAUUUGGGAUGACCUAAAGGUCAUGGAGCAGGACAUCUCCCAAUGGACUGUCACCUCCAUCGCUGAACUCAGUGUCACCAAUCUGAACGACAAGGAGGCAGAAAACCGCCUCAUCACCUUUCAGGCAGAUAUGGAAAAAAGGGAGCACUCGCUGGAUGCUCUGCAGGAGAAAGUAGAAGACCUUAAGGAACGAGCUAAAUUAGAGGAAACUCCAAUACAAAUGCAGCUCCUGGAGUCCGACCUGAGGAAAAAGUUGGUCCAUGUGCAGGAGAUGUACAACCAAGCCAAACACAGCCUGACCUACUUCACUUUCCAGAAACAACGACUUGAGGACCUCAUGUCCCUGAUGCUUGAGCGCCUUGACAAAAUCGAGUGCUCCUUGGCGGGCCUCUCUGAAACCACCUCCUCAGAAGACAUUGAUGACAUUAAAGGUCUGCAAGGAGCUGUGCAGCAACAGAGGGCAGACAUGGACUCCGCCAGAGAGGCUCUGAGCACCCUGUGCAGGUCUCAUCCCUCUCAGGAGCUCUCUUGCCUCUCUGCCAACCUCACUGCCAUAUUCAAGCGAACCGAGGUGGUUGCCCAGCGUUGUGCCAAGGCCAGAGGCAGCCUGCAGGAUGUUCUGCAGCUCCACGUCAACCAGCUUUUCCAAGAAUUCCACUCCUGGCUCUCUGGAUCGAAGUUGGAGUUGAAAGAAUGUUCAAAUCAGUCUGGAGACAUUGCCAACCUCGCAGCAAAGUUGCAAAGACUGAAGUUGCUAACAGAGCGGGUAUCAGAGGGUGAGGAGCGUCUCUCUCAGGUUUGUGAGAAGGUUGAGAAGCUCCUCCUCCACCUGCCAGAAGCUGCAGAAAUACAGCUCCGAGAGCAUCUUUCCUCCUGCCGCAGAGAGUGGAGAAACUUCCUGGAUGACUACUCUCAGAGCCAACAAGACCUGGAAAAGAGUAUAUUUAUCUUAAAAAGUUUUGAUGACACUGUCGAAAGUGUCAAAGAAUGGCUUAAGCAGAUGGAGCUCAACCUCAACAGGGAGUCUUUUAUUGGGGAAGAUGGCCAAGGUGCUCCUGAUAGCAGAAAAGAACUGGAUGAAAUGGAAAACUUCCAUAAGGAGCUUUUGUCAAGACGGGACUCAAUCGACCGUGUCAUCCGAGAGGCUCAGUCCUUGUCUGAAGCAGGACCCGGUUCCGGUGAAGAGGUCCGAAUGGCAAUGCGGCUUCAGAUGGAGCACCAGGCUCUGCUCAAAGCCGCCAGUGAGAGGCUGCGAGCGUGUCAAGAGAACCAGGCCUUUGGGGAGACCCUCCAAGCAGUCUGGGCCUGGUUAGAGGACAUCCAGGAGAAGCUGGGUACAGUUGAUAGCACCAUGGGAACCAAAGAGCAGUUGCAGCAGAGGCUAGAGACUGUACAGGAUAUCCUGCUUUUGAAGGGGGAGGGGGAGGUCAAACUGAAUAUGGCGAUAGGUAAGGGCGAGAUGGCCCUACGCAGCUCUGGGGCCGCUAGACAGGAAGUAAUGCGCUCUCAGCUCCAGGAGGUGGAGGAUGCUUGGGCCACGCUGCUUGUGACUGCCAUGAGCUGCCACAGUCGUCUGGAGUGGACUGUCUCACAGUGGAGUCGGUACUUGGAAAAUGCGUCCCAGCUACGUGGCUGGAUGGAGGCUGUUGAGCGGGAGGUAUGUGCUUCCCUCACCCCUCAGCCGGGACCCAGAGAGAAGGCCUUGCAGCUGGAGAAGCUCCGAUCCUUGCUGGCCGACCUGGAGGAGCACCAGAUGGCUUUGUCCAGUCUGGAGGAAAAAGCCAGAGAACUCUUUAAGAAGACAGGGGACGCCAGUUUUAACCAUGGCGCUCGAACACAGCUGCAGGUGCACUUUGACGAGCUGACAGCUUUGGUGGAGGAGCGAGUUCGUCGAGCACAGAGCGUGGUGCUGGAACACCAGGAAUACUUGGAGGCUGUCCGGGAGCUUACUGAUUGGCUGAUGACGGCAGGAGAGGAGCUUCAGCAUUGGUCAGAUACAUCUGGAGACUCCACCUCCAUCAGGAAGAAACUACUUGAAGUAAGGGAGCGUGUGGAGUGUGAACUUCUGGAGGGUCGGGAGCGUCUUAGCCGCGUGCGUAGGACAGCGGUGUCUGCGGCUGAGCACACGGCCGCAGGAGGUUGCGAGGCCAUGGACCGACAGCUGGGGGCGCUGGCACAAGCGCUAGAGCAAUGGGAAGGCGCUGCUCUGAGGUCCCGGGACGGCCUAGAGGGAGCUCUCGCCUCUGCCUCUGCCUCUGAAGAGGAAUACGAGUGUCUGACCUCUCAGCUGGAUGAGGAUUUGAAAGCACUUGAUGGACGACUGAAGGGAUGGAGCCAGGAGCUGAUAAGAGCUGAGGGUUGGUGCAAUGGCGAGGAAGCAGUGGCAGGAUGGCAACUGGCUAAGGACAUACUGGAAGGCUUGCAGAGCGCGGAGCCCAUGGCAGAGAAGUUGAAAGGUCAACUGAACGAGCUGGUACGAUACUCCAGAGACUUGGGUUCCCAGUCCGACCGAGUCACCGUUCUUGUCAAGCAGCACAACAGCCUCAGCCUCCAUGCAUCCAGGGAGUGCCAGAAUAAGGAGCGCCUACUGGAGCAGCGGUUCCGUGCUGCCCUCAGAGACUUCCAGCAGUGGUUGGUUAACGCCAAAAUCUGUACCGCCAAAUGUUUCGAUGUGCCGCAGAGCGUGGCAGAGGCCUCCACUGCUCAGCAACGAAUACAGGAGUUCUUGAGUGACAGGGAGCACGGCCAGGCCAGGUUGAGUACAGUAGGAGCCAGCGGGGAGCUUCUGAUGGCGGUGGUGUCCAAAGACAGGGUGGAGGGGAUCAAGGCCAAAGUGGCAAACGCGAGAGAAGACUGGAGGAGGCUGAUGAAUGACCUGCAGUUGAGGGAGGAUGCGCUCAAGAAUGUAUAUUGUCAGAUGACAGAGUUUGAAGCAAGCGCUCAACCUCUGCUGGAGUGGCUUAACAGCACCGAGUUCAAAGUUCAGGAGAGCAGUGCUCGGCUACACGACCUCCAAACCAAGAAACAAGAGCUAAGCAAACUACAGGCUAUUCUUGAGGAGAUGUCCAGUCGUGAAGCAGAACUCGGACAUCUUAGAGAGAGUGCGCAUCGUCUUUGGGAGGGGCAGGCAGCAGGCAAGGGCUUUGUCCACCGAGUGUCCCAGCUGUCGGCGCAGUGCUUGGCUCUCAGCAACUUGACCAAGGACAAGUCCUCCAGGGUUGAACGCAUUGUCGGGGAGCACCGUCUCUUCUCUCAGGGUCUGAAAGAGCUCCAGGAAUGGGUGUGCAAAGCUCAGAGGCUCCUGGCCACCUGCGUCUCCGCCACCUCCAAUAAAGUUGUGCUGGAGGACCGCAUGUUGCAGUUGGAAGCUUUGCUCGCCGCACGUCAGGAGCGGGAGAUCCAAAUGAAGAUGCUGCUUACCAGGGGAGAAGCAGUCCAAAGAAACACAUCGGCUGAGGGUGUCCCAGUCAUCCGCAAGCAGAUCCAGGACCUGAAGGACUCGUGGGACUCCCUGCUGUCUGCGUCCAUCAAGUGCAAAAGUCAACUGGAGGGCGCCUUGUCGCAGUGGACCAGCUAUCAGGAGGACGUUGGUCACUUUGUGCUUUGGAUUGAGCGCGUUGAGGAAACACUGAGCUGCUCGGACAGACAGUACUCUGAGAUGAGAGACAAGACUGCAAACCUGGGAAAGACUAAGCUUCUGUAUGAGGAAGUGCUGAGUCACAGCUGUCCUCUGGAGACCAUUGCAACUAAGGGGGCCAACAUGGCAGAACACGGCACUACGCAGCAGGAAGUGAAGCAGCUACAGAACAGAUACAACGCCCUGAAAGAAAAGGCCAAGAAUGCAGUCAGCAAGGCCAAGGGGCUGGUGCUGAUCCAUCAAGAAUAUCAGCGAGUGCUCCAUGUGUUUGAAGAUUGGUUGGAGCAAGAACAGGCCACUCUUGCAUCAUUAUCCCUUUCAGAGGCAAAUGUGGACACACUUGAGGAAACACUGAAGCAGCUCAAGCUUCUACAGGAGCGAUGCUCAGAUGGUCAGUCGCUGCUGUCGUCAGUGCUGACUAGCAGAGGGAGGGUCAUUCAAUGGGGUGUACCCCAGAUUGAGGACAGAACCCUUGACACUGCACAACAGGAGUGGGUGGCCUACCAGGACCGUUUGGAGGAGACCCAGACCCAGCUGAAGUCCACUCUGGCCAGAUUGAAAGAGAUGGACCAGAAGUUCCUUACCUUAGGCCAGUGGCUUGAGGAGAUGGAGAAAGAGGCCAUAUUGAGACUUCGGAGGUCAGACAGGGGCACCAAAGAGACUCAGCUGAAGAAACUCAAGUCGUGUCUCCAAGCAUUGCUGACACGGCAAGGAGAAGUGGAUGGCCUCUCCUCGCUAUCACAGCAGAUUCUCGAAGAAGCUUACAUCAGUGGUCGUGUUAGCGUCACGGCAACGCAGCUCACUGCCCGCUACCACUCCCUGCUGCUCAGCAUACAGGACACGAUCAAGCAAUUACAGGAGGAGCUGAAGAGUAUUGAAGAGGCCGAAAACCUUUGUGUGUCCUUUACGGAUUGGAUAACCUUGACGCAGAAAAACUUUACAGAAGUAACCAACACAUCGGAAGCCCUGGACCGCAACGCAAUGGACAAAAAGCUGAAGAAACUUGAGACUCUGCAGGCUGAUCUCCAUCACGGUCACAUCUUCCUGAAGGCCCUGAGAGAGAGGGCCGAGCGUGUGGCAGACUUCCUAAACGAGGACAGAGCGAAGAGCUUAGGAGGUGAGGUGGAAGCCCGUCUUUCCCAGCUGGAGGAGCUUGCAGGCUGGCUGAGGCAAGAGCACGGCUUCCUGGAGCGCGCAUUUCUGCUGGCUAAGGAGUUCCAGGACCGCCACAAGGCUCAGGCCCAGUGGCUAGGGGAGACCAAAUCUUUGCUCAGCUCUCCACUGGAGCCCAAAGCCGAAUUAUACCAACGAAGGGCACAGCUCGCCAAACACAAGACUCUGUUACAGAUGGUCCAGUCCCAUGAUGCUUCCAUCAGGUCAGUGUUGGAGAAGGGAGACGCUCUGUUGGCAUCAGUCCAUUACCCCUCAGUCAGAGACAAAAUGAAUAGACUGCAAAAAGACUACAGUGACCUGUGUAAUAUGGCCAUGGCCCGCGUGGAGCAUCUCGAGGGCCAGGUCAAGGAGCAGGAAGUAUACCACCACAAGCUACAGGAGGCGGAGCGAUGGCUGCUACAGAUGUCCAGCAGGAUGGUGACCCCUGACCCCAGCAUGAGCCGAAGUCUGGAGGAGGCCACAAAGCAGCUGGCGAGGCACAAGGCCAUCAUGGAGGAGAUAGCAGGCUUUGAGGAUCGCUUGGCAGGCUUGAAUCAGCGAGGGGACCACCUGGUGCAAGGCUGUGACGAGCGCGUGCAGAGUAGGCUGAGACAGCAGGUCCAGGCUCACCAGCAAGGCACCAGAGACAGUUACUCUGCCAUCUGUAGCACAGCACAGAGAGUAUAUCAGAGCCUAGACCAUGAGCUCCAAAGACACUUGAGUCUCCAAGACACUCUGCAACAGUGCAAGACUUGGCUGAGGUCUGUCUCCCAGCAACCAGAGCCUCCUGCACAGACCCCUCUCAACGUAGAGAAGGCGCUACAGCAGGUGAAGCAAGAGCGGGCCCUCCAGGAACAGGCCAGCACUUACUUGCAGCUGGUGUGCUCUUCCUGUGACCUCUCACUCCUCAGAGUGCAGGAGGUGGCUGCCGCGAUCCAGCAGGUCAAACUCCAGAAUGAGGAGCGCAUGAUGCUUUGCGAGGAGGUUGCAGAUGCCUGGAGAGAUGUCGAGGAGCAGAAGACACAUUUGGAGGUACGGCUGAGAGAGACGGAGCAGCAACUGGAAAACCUCAUUAGAUGUCCAGCAGAGCUUGAGCCCAGAAUUGCACAAAACCAGCUGGACAAAGCACAGGAGUUCCUCCAGCACGUGAGGGAAAGGCAGUCUGAGUUAAGCCGUCUGAAUGAGGCCAUCAUUAAAAUGACAGACGGACAGGACUGUCCCAUCCUGGAAGACAUGAAGAAACUAAGGAGGAGCUGGAUAGAAAUAGGCCAGCGUGCAGAGAAGCUCGAGGCGGAGCGAGGGGACGACAUGCAGCGAAGUGGCGAGUAUCAGGAGAGCGUGGUUGCUGUCGAAGAGGUUUUCCAUCAAGUAUCCAGGGAAUGGGACUACCUGGCCAGGGCCGACACUGAGAGUACAAGGGAACAUCUAGAAGCUCUUAAAAAGUUAUCCAGUGACCUUGUGAAGCGUAAAGCAACCCUAGAAGAUCUGCGAGACCAGAAACAAACUAUUCUGCCACAAAUAAGCCUGUUGGACAAGGAACUAGUCAAACAACAGAUGGGUCACCUGGAGAAACGCUGGGCUCAGCUUGAGACUCUUAUCCACCAGAAGAUCCAGGACUCCACACAGACGCUAGAGGAACUGGCACGGGUGGAAACCCAGCUGAGGGACGCCCGGCAGUGGGUGGAAGAGAAGCGACCCGCACUCACCUCCACGCUGAAAACCAGCCCACCGCCUGACCUGGCCCAGAGUUUUCUGUUCGACCACCUGAGCGUGUGCGUGGAGCUGGAGGCCCGUCAGCAGCUGCUGGGCCGAGCGGUGAGCGAAGCGCAAUGUGUCGCCUCCAGACUGGGGCUGAGAGAAAGGAGAAGCCUGCAGGAGCUUGUUGAACACGCCCAGACUGAAGUGGAGGCUCUGGAGGCACGAGUAGCCCAGAGGAGAAAGUACCUCAGCAAGGCCUUCACAGAGAGGACUCAGUUCCUUCAGGGUCUGGGGAGAGCACUGUUAUGGGUACAACAACAAGAGAGGAAGGCUCUGAUAGAUGACCACAUUGCGCUUCUUCCAGAGGAUCUCGCUAAACAGGCGUCCGCGUGUCGCAGCAUCCAAAGCAGCCUUCGAGCCUACCGGAGGGAGUUGGUAUCUCUCUGGUUUCAAGGUCGGGAGCUCGAGAAGGAUGCCACAGACAAAGAAAGAGAAGAAACCUUGGCAAAACUUAAGGAGCUGCAGGCGGUUUUCGAAGCGGCUUUCCAGACAACCAGCCAGCGUGUCACAAUCUUGGACAAAGCUUUGACAUCCAGGAAGUACUUCCAGGUGGACCUUAACAAGACCUGUCACUGGCUGAGACACGCGGAGGCCAUCACCUUCCGGGAAAUCAAUCUCAACCACAUUGAGGAUAGCUCGGUACUGCAAGAACAUCUAUGCACCUUUCAAAAAGUCCUGGAACAAGCUUCGGAGAACGAGAACCUCCUAUUGAUCGUACAAAGGAUAGGCCAGGAGAUCCUUCCCACUCUGAACGAGAUCGACCACUGCUACCUAGACGAGCGACUCAAUGCUCUCCCCCAACAGUACAACAGCAUCCUGGCACUGGCCAAAGAAAAAAAAGACAGGAUUCAACAAAUAAUCAUAGAGAGGAAAGAUUUUAGCACUUUUUUUGAUACGACUCGAAGCGCAUUGGAGGACCUUCAGGAGCAGUUUGACAAUCUGGAGAAGAAGACUAUCAAUACUUGUGAUGAGGAGCUGCGUUGUUUAAGGAGUGACUAUCAGAGGAUGGAUGAAGCUUUAUCCAACAUCAGCCCUGCGGUAAGAGACCUUCAUGGAAAAAAUGAGGGGUUUCUCAGUACGGGCUACACGUACAAAGCUGAGGAAACACGUCAGCUAGUGCGCCUUCACAACACUCUUAAAAGAAGAAAUUAUCAAAAACAAAAAUAUUUGGAUCAUGCCUUGAAGAUAAUCAAUGAGCACAACAGAAUACUUAAAACCUUUGACCAGGAACUGAAGUUUGCCAAAGACAAUCUGGUUAGACUCAAGUCAGACAAAGAACUUGAUGCCACGCAUAAAAUUGCAGCUCUUUUUGCAUUACUUGAACGUCUGGAUAGUGUAUCUUUAGAGGCCAAAGAAUGUAACCAGCAGAUCGCAAGCCUCUGCUUGAGGUCCGACCCCGUUGCCUUUCAGGAGAUGAAAUCCCUGCUUGACUCACUGCAGUCCUUACGUUUAGACAUUAAAUGCUGCAUUGGAGAAAGUGAAAAGGAUGUCCCACAAGACUUCACGACGGGGAUGGAGAAAAUGGCCGAAUGGCUGAAGGACUUUAAAUCCGCAGUGAGGGAGCCUGUAAGCUUAACAGAAGCCAAAGUUGAGAGUGUGCAGGAGAAAAUGUGCAAACUGGGAAUCAUGAAAGAAGAAGUGAAGAGCAGAUUGAGGAUGGUGGAUAAAUUGUUUAGCCAGGAAGUGCAAAGAUAUUGCAGUAGAAAGGAAAGUAUUCCAGCCUAUGUGGAUGUGAAAGCAGAGGAGCUAAGGAGGCUGGGAGCUGAAGUUCUAAAGGAUAUUAACCAAAAGCAGCUGACUCUGGGUCCAGCUCUUGCCAUGAUCCAGCGGCACCACUCUACCUUGCAGUCCAUGCAAACACACCUGGAUUGUGCCGCUGAUUGCCUUCAAAGUGCCAGCGCUGGGGUGGAUCUGGAGCACCACACAGAUUGGAUUCUCAACCUGCAAGAAAUUUCAGUGCAGGAAAAUAAUUAUACAGCUGUUUCAGAAGAGAUAAGAGACACCCUGGAGCCCCUGUUGACAGAAGUUGCGAUGAACCAGCUAAGAGGAGAAGCUGAAGCCAUGCGGAUGAGGAGCACAGAAAUCAAACACCAUACGGAGGCCUGCAAAGACGUCCAUGAGAGGUGUGUGUCUCUAUGGGCCUCCAUCCAACGUGACAGAGACCGGCUGGUUGAACAAAUGAACGAUGUAGAGAGCAAGAUGGCAGCAUUCUCCACCGCUAAAGCAGAGAGUCUCCAGCAGGCAGAAGACAAGUGUGAGAAAUACAAGUCUCUAGCGACUUAUGCUGACCUUCAGGAGUUUGCUAUCACUGCUAUGAAGGAAGACAAGGUAGUCGAGUUAGAGCGGCUUGUCAUCAAAUCUGGUGCAGCCGCCGUCGUCCACCAUGCUCUCUCAUCACUAUGGCAAAGGUGGACCAGGCUUCGCAGUGUGGUGAGAGUCCAGGAGAGGGCACUGGAGGACACUGCCAGGGAGUGGAGGAACUUGACAGAAAAGAUGGAAAAAGUGCGCUCGGUGUCUGCGGACCUCCACAGCCGCAUUCCAGACAGCACGGUCGAGAAGACCGCCACCAGGGCGGCACUCCAGAGUCUACUGGAUUACCAUGACUCCUUUAGUGUGGAGGUGGAGAGAGAGCAGUCCAUCCUGGCUCUGCUGGGGCAACACAUCCGGAGCCUCAGAGGAGAUGAGGAGGAAACAGAGAAUGGCCAUCAGGAAACACAGUGCCUUCAAGACAUCAAAAACAUGCAGGGCCAGUAUGACAGUUUAGUGUUAUUGGUCCAUUCUAGCAGAGCUCAAGUGCACCAGGAGUUGAGGGAGCGAGAGGAUGUUGAGAAGGAGCUGGGCUUGGUCAAAGGUUGGAUUCAAGACACUCGGGGCUUGCUCUUGAGUCCCACAGCAGACCUGGAGGCUUUGUUGCAAGAGCUGGAGACUGCACACGGAGAGGUCAUCAGCCGCCGCCAGAGCGUGGAGCGCAUGACAGAGCUGCAGCAAUCCAAGUACCAGGACCGCCAGGCGGGGAUGCCGUCGGAGCUCAGCAUGCAGCUGGCUGAGGUGGCUCUGGCUCUGGGCUCUGCUGAGGACCAGGUCCAGGCUAGAGAAUGUGAGGUGCAGCAGACCCGAGACGUGAAAGAGGACUUCAGCUCCAGACUGCAGGAAAUGGAGGCCAAGCUGAGAAACAUCUCGUCGAGAUUUGAAAACAAGGGAGCUAACCUGGAGGAGGCCAAAGAGGAGACCAGGACUCUUCGGGAAGAGUGUGAUUGCUGCGCUCACACUCUUGCUGAGUUAGCGGCAGCCGUACAGGAGUUCAGUGAGCACAACCCUCUGCUGUGCAAGCAGCUGGGCGAUGCCGUGGCCAAAAUGGCCCAAGUGCAGCGCCAUGCCACACUGCGGGUCCAGGACAGAAGCAACAAACUGAAGAAGGCAGAGAAGCAGAUGCAGGAAUAUCACAAUAUGAAGGAAUGUAUUUUGAGUUGGAUUGAAAAAGCGGAGACUCUGAUGACGGGCAACAUCAUCUGGAGCCAAAUAUCUCAGCUACAAGAGCAAAUCAGAGCAUAUCAGGCGUUGCUGCGGGAGUGUCGGGGUCUCCAUGGUGACUUGGAAGCCAUGGCAGAGAGGGAGACGCAGUUAGGGGAGGUGUUGAUGACUAAAGGGUGGAGCCAGCAGGUAAAACACCUCGGCAGGCGCACUGAGGAGCUUCACCUCUCAGCCAAGACUCGGCUGCAGAGUUUACAGGAUGCGGCCAAGGACAUGUUGCGUCUAGAAGCCGAGGUGAAGAGCCUCCACGCUGCGGUGGACCAGAUCCAAGUUAUGCUGGCCUCCCCGGAUCUCAACAAGCUCAGUCUGAGAGAGCAGCUCACACAGCGACAACGUUUGUUGGCUGAGAUGGAUGGCUUCAAGCGGCAGGCUGCGGCUGUACAGCAGUGUCAGAGUGCCCUCCGGCUUCCGGAAGAAGUAGUGGCAGGACUUCCUGUGUGCCGCACAGCACAAAGCCUGCAGCAAGAAACCAGCCAGCUGCAGCAUACAACCAUUCAGCAGUGCAAUAUCUUGCAGGAGGCUGUGGUGCAGUAUGAGCAAUAUCAAGUGGAGGUGAAGAACCUGCAGCGGUUGAUAGAAGAAGCCCACCACAUCAUUCAGGACAGACCCGUGUGCACCAGCAACAUUCAGGAGCUUCAGGCUCAGAUACAGCACCAUGAGGAGCUAGCCCAGAAGAUCCGUGGCUACCAGGAGCAGAUCGCAUCGCUCCACUCCAAGUGCAAGAUGCUGACGGUGAAGGCCAAACACGCCACCAUGCUGCUGACCGUCAGCGAGGUGGACAGUCUCUUGGACGGCGUGGACGAGCUGAGCGACGAGGAGCUGCCUAGUGUUGGAGCCAGCGACAAACAGCUUCCUGCACACCCCUCUGUCGUCAUGAUGACAGCAGGCCGCUGCCACACGCUCCUCUCCCCUGUGACUGAGGAGUCAGGGGAGGAGGGCACCAACAGCGAGGUCUCCUCUCCCCCUGCCUGCCGCUCACCCUCCCCUGUGACUAACGCUGAUGCUUCUCUCAAACAGGGUGGAGGCGGUCUAAAUCGAGCCCCCCUGCAGGAACUCUAUGACCCGUGUAUGGAGAGCAGCACUGCUAACCUGGAUGAUCUGCAGAGAUCUUGGGAAACACUCAAGACAGUGAUAAGUGAGAAACAGAAGAGUCUGUAUGAAGCCCUGGAGCGGCAGCAGCAUUAUCAGGAGUCCCUCCAGUCUAUUUCCACGAAAAUGGAGUCUGCCGAAACAGCACUCAGCGAAAGCCUGGAUUCCAACAAGAGCCCAGAGAGCCAGAUGGCGACACAUCAGGCUCUGAUGGACGAGAUACUGAUGCUGCAAGAUGAGAUCGGUGAACUGCAGACAUGUUUCUCGGAGGAGCUGGCCGACAACGACAGUGACGGCGAGGCUUCUGACCGGCUGGCUCUGCAGUCUACCCUAACCGUGCUCGAGGAGAGAAUGGCCACCAUUAGAAUGAAGGCUUCUGGAAAGCGCCAGCUGUUGGAGGAGAAGCUCAGCGAGCAGCUAGAGGAGCAGCGACAGGAGCAGGCCCUGCAGCGUUACCACAGCGAGGCCGAGGAGCUCGACCACUGGCUGCUCAGCACUCGUGCUACCCUCAGCUCAGUGCUUAAGCUCCAAAGUGAUGAUUUGGACAUGGAGGAGCAGCUCAUUGACUGCCAGAACAUGCUGUUCGAGAUCGAGCAGAAGGUGUCGUAUCUCUCCGAGCUGUCGGUGCACAGCGAGAGCUUACUUUUAGAGGGAAGGGCCGAGACCAAGGGUGAGGCGGAGCAGCUCACUUUUAAACUGCGCUCUCUGAAAGAAAGCUUGGUAGAGCUGCAGCAAAUGUUGCAGGACAAACAGGUGGACAUACAGGGUUCUUUGCAGGAGCAGGAUGACAGUGAGCCAGACUCGACGCUUUCGCAGAGCCCCAACAUGCAGGAUUGGCUCUCCCAGGCUCGUUUGUCACGCACACAGCAGCAUCAUAACAACCUGCUACGCCAGAGAGAGCUGCAGGAGCAUGUUGCUGAGCAGAGGAGGUUGCUUCAGUCUGUAGCCAGUGUUGGGGAAGAUUUACACAAUCAACAGAUCACACCAAAUGGGGAUAGUGAGGUGUCUCUCCCUAUAGGAGUGUUGCUGGAGACGCAGAGCCUGUCUCCCGUGGACCACUUGAGACAACGCUGGGAGAACCUGAACAAAGAUCAGAGUACCAAGCUGCAGCUCUCUCUCAACACACUGGAACAGGAUCAGUCUAGCCCGAUCGUCCACCGGUCCCGUCUGACUAGUCCAAGCAUGGUGUUCAGGGGGGGGUCCAACAGCCAGGACUCAAGCUCGCCGAUGGCUUUAUUUGAGGCGUGCAGCCAGACGUUGGAAAGAAUUACUGAGGAGGCAGAGACCAGUGACAGAAAACUGGCGCUCUCCUCAGUGGCAGCGACACUGCAACAGAUGCUGUAUACUGCCGUGUCAGCAGCCUCCACCUGGUUGGAUGCUGCUGAAAACGAGAUGCUCUCCGGACCUGUGCUACUGUCUGAAGACACAGAGUCAAAGCUCACAAGUCUCGAAUACACAACUAAAGAUCUGAAGGACAUGAGCAGAGAGAUGAACCAGUGCAGAGACCUGUUGGGUGGAGGAGCAGGCCGCCUGUGUGGAGGUGAGGAGCGAGCUUUGAUGGAGGACACCCUGGAGGGUCUGCAGGAGAGGAUGGGGCUACUGGAUUCUACCCUUGAACAGCACUGUGACACCAUGAGGGACAGACUCCAGGAGCACUUAAACAUCCAGAACGAACUUCGGAUGCUAUUCACAGCUUUGAAUGAGAGUAAGGAUAUGCUGCUACAAAAGAUGGCUGCGACAGUGGAGCGGCCUGCAGCCAAGCAGAUUGAGACAUUAUCAGAGGUAGAGGACAGUCUGAAGGAGUUUGAGCAGAGAGUGACUGAGCUGAAAACCAAAGCUCAAGGACCCCAAUCUGACCGACUCUCCCACCAGGAACUUCUCAAAUUGCAGGAUGCAUAUGAAGAGCUGCUGCUGAUGGUGGGCUCCAGGCGCAGCGGCCUGAAUCGAGCCUUGUCGCUGAAGGCUCGGUACGAAGCUGCGCUCCGCGAUCUCACAGAUCUGGUAGACACAGCUCAGGACAAGAUGGCUGCAGACCAGAAGAUGACGGUAGCCUCUGUCGUCGAGGUCCAAAUGUUAUUGGACAAACACAAAGAAUUCUUCCAGAGUCUUGAAUGCCAUAUGAUCCUGACCCAGACUUUUUACACUAAAGUGUCAGGUUUGGUGGCACAGCAGGAAAGCCAGGCUCUGGAAGAGACCAUGUCUUUAGCUCACAGUGUCCUGAAGCAGGCUCACAGGAGGGGAGUGGAACUGGAGGGCAUACUGGAGUCAUGGAGCAGACUUGUGGAAGACUACCAGGCUCUGUGCAGACAGUUGGAGGCUGUGGAGUGCAGCAUCCCCACUGUGGGCCUGGUGGAGGAAACGGAGGAGAGACUCUUUGAGAGGAUUAGUCUCCACCAGCGUCUGAAGGCCAGCCUGACUGAGCAUCAGCCCCAACUCUAUCGGGUUCUGGAGGAGGGCAAGAGGCUUCUUCUGUCUGUCAGCUGUCUGGACUUGGAGAACCAGUUAACACAGCUGGGAGAACACUGGCUCUCAUCCACCACCAAAGUCAACAAGGAGCUCCACCGCCUCGACUCCACUCUCAAACACUGGAGCAGGUACCAAAGGGAGUCUGCAGAGUUGAGCCACUGGUUGUGUUUGGCUAUGGACAGACUGGAGUUUUGGACAGCCCAGUCAGUCACUGUGCCUCAAGAACUGGAGACAGUUAGAGACCAUCUCUGUGCUUUCCUGGAGUUUUCUAAGGAGGUGGACGCUAAGUCAUCCCUUCGUUCAUCUGUCCUGAGCACAGGCAACCAGCUGUUAAGACUAAAAAGAGUAGACACAGCUGGUCUGAGAACAGCACUAGGUCACAUCGACACUCAGUGGGCCGAGCUGCUCACACGCAUUCCUGUUGUCCAAGAAAAGCUCCAUCAGCUGCAGAUGGAAAAGCUGGCAUCACGGCACGCCAUAGCGGAGGUGAUAAGUUGGAUCUCACUCAUGGAGAACAUUAUAGUUGAAGAUCAGGACAAAAUAGCUGCAGUCGUGGGUUCAGAGGUUGUCAAAAAUGUCUUGCAGAAGUACAAGGGUUUCCGCAUUGACUUGACCUGCAAGCAACUAACUGUGGACUUUGUGAACCAAUCAGUGCUGCAGAUCAGCAGUCAGGACGUGGAAGGAAAACGGAGUGACAAAACCGACUUUGCAGAGAGCCUUGGAGCCAUGAAUAGACGAUGGCAGAUACUACAAGGCCUCAUUACGGAAAAAAUUCAGCAUUUAGAAGGACUUUUAGAAAGUUGGUUAGAGCAUGAAAACAGAGUGCAGGCCUUAAAAACAUGGUUGACGCUCCAGGAGGAGAAAUUAAAGAAGAAACACAGGAUAGAGGAUGUUGCAUCAGUGCAGAAUGCACUUAAGGAUUGUCAGGAGUUAGAGGAAUUGGUUAAGGACAAAGAGAAGGAUCUAGAGAAGGCUGAGGAACAAGGGAACACUCUCAUCCAGGAUAAGAAAGGAGAGGCCUGCUCUGUUGUUAAGGAGACCCUCAAGGGACUGAGCCAGUCCUGGGCUCAUUUGGACCAUAUGAUAAGUCAGAUAAAGGGGAGUCUGCGGUCGGUGCUAGGACAAUGGACCUUGUACAGACGCGCUUCAGAGGAGAUCAUUGGCUACCUGAUGGAGGGGAGGUACUGUGUAUCCAGGCUACACUUUGUUAGUGGUUCCCUGGAAGCUGUGCAGCAGCAGAUGGAAAGUCUGGAGAACCUGCAAGAGGAAGUGGACAAGCAGGAAAGCAGUCUGUGCAAGUUUGGUUCUGUAACACAGCAGCUCCUCACCGAGUGCCACCCGUGUGUCGCUGAAACUCUCAACAGAGCCCUACGGGAUGUCAACAUGAGGUGGAACGACCUACUAGAGCAGAUUUCAGAGCAGCUGAGGAGCAGUAAGGCCUUGCUCGGGCUGUGGCAGCAUUAUAAAGAAGUGUACAGUACUUGCGUCCAUGCAGUGCAGAGGCAGGAGGAGCGGGCUGACCGCCUGCUCAAGAGCGCCAUUGACAGGGACAUCACAGAAGAGGAGAGUAUUUCUUGGAUGAAGGACUGCGAUGAGUGUAUUGGUGAGCAACAAUCCAUACAGUGUUCCCUGCAGCAGCUGCAAGCAUUAGGAGAGCAACUUAGGACCCGAGUGGACGCCCCCUCGUUUGCUGCUCUCCAGUCGGACCACAUGUCGCUGACGCAUCGCCUGUCAGCACUUAUGCAUGCCCUCCACAGGCAGCAGGAUGUGCUGCAGUCCGGAUGUCGGGCCUGUGAGGGCUUCAGGGAGCAAUUGGACAUGCUUGUCCAUACGGCUGCUGAGGCUGCAGAAGUGUUGAAGGAGUCUGACCAGCUUGGCUCGCCAGCGCUUAGUGAGAUUCAGACACGUAUGGAAAAACUGAAGGCUGUUCUGUCCAAGCUCAGCAGCCUCUCUCCAGACCUGGAGCGCGUCAACAUGCUCAUGUACAGACUGCCAGUCAGCGACAGAGAUCUAAAGCGCCUGCAGAGUCUGAAUAGAGCGUGGACGUCCCACUCGGCUCACCUUAGCGAGAAGUUCAGUAAACUGCAGGCAGUGCUACUCCUGCACCAGAGCUUCCUGCAGAAAUGCGAAGCAUGGAUGGAAUUCCUGUCUCAGACAGAGCAGAAACUGGCUGGAGAGGUUUCAGGCAACCACGAGAGUCUGCUGGAGCAGCAGCGAGAGCAUGAGUUGUUCCAAGCAGAGAUGUUCAGCCAACAGCAGAUUCUCUACUCUAUUAUCAGCGAUGGCCAUCGCAUGCUGGACCAAGGACAAGUGGAUGAUGGAGACGACUUCAGUGUCAAGCUGGCUUUGCUGGCUAAUCAGUGGCAGGGUGUAGUGAGGCGGGCCCAGCAGCGAAGAGGCAUUAUUGACAGUCUGCUCCAUCAGUGGCAGACCUACCACGAAAUGUCCGAAAAACUGCUCCGCUGGCUGCAGGAAGUGUCAAGCGACCUGGACGUGCAUCAGCCGGGAGGAGAACCAGUCACUCUGCAACAGGCUAGAAACCUACUGGAUCAGAUACAACUUAGACAGCGUGUCCUCCAGAGGCAGCAGGGAGGCUACAUCGUGACAGUGGAGGCCGGCAGGAGCCUGCUGCUGUCGGUCGACGCCCUGGCAGAGUCCAGGCUGCAGACGGAGCUGAUGGAAAUCCAGGAGAGGUGGAGACAUGCCCACCAACGCCUGGACCAGCAGAGGAAGGAGCUGCAUGGUCUGCUUAAGAAUUGGGAGCGAUGCGAGAAAGGCAUUGAUGCCUCGCUGGAGAAGCUGAGGGCCUUUAAGAGGAAGCUGUCUGUGGCGCUGCCUGACCAUCACGAGGAGCUGCACUCCGAGCAGAUGAGAUGCAAGGAGCUGGAGAGCAGUGUCAAGGGCUGGAGCGAUGAUCUCACUUCCUUGUUUCUCCUGAGGGACUCCUUGGUGGGCGUGGUCGGCAACGAUGAUGUCACAGUCCUUCAGGAGCGCAUCCAGCUUCUCCAGGGCCAAUGGGAAGAGGUGUGCCAUCAGCUUUCUCUGCGCAGGCAACAGGUAAGCGAGAAGUUGAACGAGUGGGCAGUGUUCAAUGAGAAGAACAAGGAGCUGUGCGAGUGGCUCACGCAGAUGGAGAGCAAAGUCUCUCAAAAUGGGGACAUCAGCAUCGAGGAGAUGAUCGAAAAGCUGCGCAAGGAUUAUCAGGAAGAGAUUGGUGUUGCCCACGAGAAUAAGCAGCAGCUGCAGCUCAUGGGAGAGCGCUUGGCCCGUGUCAGCCAGGAGAGCAAGGCAGCGGACAUUCAACACAAACUCAAUAAAGUCAGCGAGCGCUGGCAACACCUGCUGGACCUCAUUGCCGCCAGGGUGAAGAAGUUGCGGGAGACCCUUGUGGCGGUGCAGCAGUUGGACAAAAACAUGAGCAGCUUGCGGUCCUGGCUGUCUCACAUUGAGACCGAACUGUCCAGGCCCAUCGUCUACGACACAUGCGACGACCAGGAGAUCCAGAGAAAGCUCAACCAGCAGCAGGAGCUGCAGAGGGACAUCGAAAGACACAGUACAGGGGUGGCGUCUGUGCUCAACCUGUGCGAAGUUCUCCUGCAUGACUGCGACGCCUGCUCCACCGAGACCGAGUGCGACUCCAUUCAGCAGGCUACCAGAGGGCUGGACCGUCGCUGGAGGAACAUCUGCGCAAUGUCCAUGGAGAGGAGGCUUAAGGUUGAGGAGACCUGGAGGUUGUGGCAGAAGUUUUUAGAGGACUACUCACGUUUUGAGGAGUGGUUGAAGACUUCAGAGAGAACAGCUGCCAUGCCCAACUCCGCUGGCGUCCUCUACACUGUUGGAAAAGAAGAACUCAAAAAGUUUGAGGCCUUCCAGCGCCAAGUACAGGAGUGUUUGACCCAGCUGGAGCUUAUCAACAAGCAGUACAGACGCCUGGCUCGUGAGAACCGCACCGACUCGUCUUGCCACCUCAAAGAAAUGGUGCAUGAUGGGAACAGGAGAUGGGACAACCUGCAGAAAAGGGUGGCGGCCAUCCUCCGACGACUUAAGCACUUCAUCAGCCAGAGGGAGGAGUUUGAGACGGCUCGGGAUAGCAUCCUGGUGUGGCUGACUGAGAUGGACCUUCAGCUCACCAACAUUGAGCACUUCUCCGAGUGUGACGUUCACGCUAAGAUUAAACAACUCAAGGCGUUCCAGCAGGAGAUCCACCUAAACAUGGGCAAGAUUGAACUGGUGUUCAGGCAGGGCGACGCUCUGCUCGAGAAGAGUGAACCUCUGGAUGCAGCUGUGAUCGAAGAGGAGCUGGAAGAGCUGCAGAGAUACUACCAGGAGGUCUUUGGCCGGGUCAACAGAUACUACAAAAAGCUUACCCGGUUACCUCUUGUGGAUGACGAGUUUGACGGUUCAGACAGAGAGCUGGACAUGGAGGACAGCGGUGACCUCUACGAGCUGCAGUGGGUCAACUCAACACCUCCACGAACCUCCAGCCGACCACCCUCUGGCGCGACCACCCUCAUUCGGGCGGACCGGUCAGGCCGGGACACCCCAGCCAGUGUGGACUCAAUCCCGUUAGAGUGGGACCAUGACUACGACCUGAGCAGGGGUCUGGAGAGCCCAGGAGGGCGAAGCCACAGGCAGAGGAGCCGAGGGCAAGAGGAGGAGGAAGAGGUGGAGUAUCUGAGGACAGCUACUGCAGUGCUGUCAGGUGAGCCAGGCCAGCUGGAGGCCAGUCUCAGGCAACUGGACCAAGUUCUGGAUGCAGGACGCUGCCACCUGCAGGCGAGAGAGGACGCCGCCAACCGCUCCAGCCCUGAUGUUGAUGCCACCUACAUGGGCUAUAUGCGUCUGAUGGGCGAGUGUCACGGCAGCAUAGAAGCAGUGAAGCGAGCUGAGGAAGAACUCACAGAGGACGAAGAUGAAAUGCCAGGACUCACCAAUCCGACCAACGCAGACAGUCAGAGUGCAGGUGUGAUCAAGCGCUGGGAGCUGAUCCAGGCUCAGUCUCUCAGUGAAAAACACAAGCAGAACCUGCAGCAUUGGCAGCAACUGAUAUCAGACCUGCAGACCAUGCGUGCCUGGCUGGGUCAGUCUGAGGCAGAGCUGGGCCAGUUGCGAGGCCUGGAGCGCAGCACGGACAUCCACAGCAUGCAGCAGAGGAUCAAGAAACUAAGGGAGUUGCAGAAAGGGAUGGACGCCCACAAGUCGGAGUUGCUUUCCAUCAACCUGACUGGCGCCAGUUUCCUCCAAUCAAAGCCCGACUCUGAGGAGGCGUGGGGGCUAAAGGACGGUCUAGAGGAGAUGAACGCAUCCUGGGAUCGCCUGGGCACCUUGCUGGAGAAGUGGAGAGAGGAGCUGCAGCAGGCUCUCAUGCAGUGCCAGGAGUUCCACGAGAUGAGUCAUGGUCUGCUGCUGUGGUUGGAGAACAUCGACCGUCGGAGGAAUGAGGUGGUUCCCGUACCUUCAAACCUGGACCAUGAAACGCUACAAGCUCAUCUCAGGACACUGACUCAAAUCAAGCGGGAGCUGCUGGACUCUCAGCAGAAGGUGUCGUCCCUCCAGGAGCUCUCAGCUCAGCUGCUGGUCAGCACGGCAGUGCCCACGCCCACCACUCUCCGUUCCCCUGGCAGCGAGUGUCUGGAGGCCCAGGAGAAGGUGCAUGUGAUCUGGAACAGGCUGCGCCUGCUCCUGCGGGAGGUCGACUGCGACCUGGAGGGGUUGCAGAGGCGACUGGAGGUCGUGAGCACGCAACAGGAUUUCAUACCCCGAACUGUUGUCAAAUCUGACAUGACUUCUGCUGGUCUUGCAUCUGAUUCAACAAGCAUCCAAGCUUUCAGACGAUUGCCUCGAGGCAAAAGUAGUCAGGCCCACCCUGGACCCCCUGAGAGCGACCCCCGCCACAGCCGCAGGAGGUCAGCCGGCGCCGCUGGCUGCGUUUCCUCCCGUUCUGACCUUUUGGACGGCGUCUCCUCGCCAUCCUCCUCCUCCUCUUCCUCCAAAGGCCAUUCCUUCCUGCAUCGUGUCCUGAGAGCCGCGCUCCCCGUGCAGCUGCUCCUCUUGUUCCUCAUUGGCCUGGCCUGCCUGGUGCCCAUGAGCCAGGAGGACUACAGCUGCCACCACGCCAACAACUUUGCCCGCUCCUUCCAUCCCAUGCUGCGCUACACAAACGGACCCCCACCUAUAUAGCUGCCUAUCCACCCAUAUCGCUUUGCCAAGGACUCCUGUGAAUGUGCCCUUUUUCACCCUGUGCCCUACAGCAACAAGCUCCGCCCCCUGUUGGGAUGCACCAUUAUGACAAGGAGGCCUUUAAUUACUAAUGGACCUUUUUAAAUAUAUAUUUUUAAAUUUUGUUUACCUUAAAUAUGUAUAUGAGGUUUUUUAGUGAUAUCAAUGAGAAAGAACAAAGCACUAUUUAUAAUACACUCACGAUGGGAGCUAAAGUCGUCCACUAUUCCCAGUGCUGCUACUGUUUAUUGAGCGGAAUAUUAUUCGUCUGAAAAAAGCUCAAGUGUUUAAGGAUAUUGGUCCUGAAAAGAUUUAACCAAUAAACAGAUGAGUUAAUAUAAUGUUUAAAAGGACGCGUUUACGACUACAUAACUCGAGUCCUGCGGUGAAAAUGCCCGGAUGUACUUUUUACUCUUUGAUUCAAUUCCCCAUAUGCGCGUCUGUUUGCUAGCCCCAACAAGAUGCGUUGACGCUGCGUUGUAAAUUCUGCUAGACUUCUAACCAAGUAAAUAUUUUUUUGUAGUCUGAAUUUGCCAACUUAAUUUCUCUCUGGUUCGUUUCAACUUUGCUGUGAGGACCGUCCAAGUACUCCCUGUUUGCUGUUUGAAGGUACCGCACUGACUGACUGAACGCCUUUGAGACAAAAUGGCCAACUUCUCCCCGCCUAAAGCUAAAGCUCAUAUUUCUACUGCUUUGAUUGUGAUAAAGAUGUUUUUUCUGUUAUAUAUAAUAUAUAUAUACUUUUGUUUCUGUUAGAGCAUGCACUUGAAAGCCCCUAAAGCCAAACAAUCACUGAUUGUGUAGCUGUAGAUUUAUUAAUCAUAUUAUUAAUGUUUGGUUAUAAGUAUUAUUCCGAAGUGAUCAAACAUCGCUACCUUAUCUAAACACAAUGUGUACAAAAAUAUGAAAAUUGUUAAUUUAUGUAUGUACAGUUUGCUAAUGCCGAAUACUCUUUGCAUAUAAUAAAACAUGAACCAUUUAAUAACUCUUGUGUAAAUCCACAACUUGUUAGUGAAACAAUUACCAAUUGCAGUCAAGAGUUGUAGCCUUUCCUAUUGUCCAAAUAAAUACAAUACGGUUGUUUGAUUACAAUGGUUAGCACAUGAGUCUAAAGAGGUACGGGUUCGAAUCUCCAUUGGAACGUCUGUGUGCAUUUUGUAUGUUUUCCAUUAUUACCCACAUCCCAAAAGUUUAAAAUUGGGGACUAUACAUUGUUUACAUGUGCUCCAAAGUGCUGGGACAGGCCCCAUACUCAGUAAAGAAAGUGAAUGAAUGUGUACAUUAACUCUGCCAAGUGGAGGUUUCAUUAUAUGUGUACAUUUUUAAAGCCCACAGAGUCCCUAAAUUAUUACUUUUAUUUUUCUUCAGUUAAAUGUAUCCAUUUCCUA